CUUUUGUUCGUGUCUUUGCCAAUUACACACACCAACAAUACGAUAAUACCUGGACUUUUGUGUCUUUUUCCCAUCGAUAGUACUAAUACCUGUCACUCCUUGUUUCAUAUGGUUAACGUUUCCUCCUGCUCUCAUGAAUCAUGGCGGUCCAGCUGAAGACCACCGGCUCGUCUUCCAAGCAGUCCACGACCCGCUGGCGAGGGAUACUACUGUCGACCAUACUCGUCGCCUUGUUAUUUGUGGGCCUGUACAGCCAGCCUCUGUUCUUCGACGAGGACGGCCUGGACCAGAAACCGAUAUCAAAAAAACUCCACACCAACCAGGCUGUCUUUGACCCAAGCCACGGGCGCGACCGGCCUCUGAUCCUGUACGCCUAUGCCGAGUCCGACAACGCCAGGGAGAAUCUUGAGUUCUUUGUCAAGAGAGGGCUGCACGCGCGGGCCGACUUCAUCUUCAUCUUCAACGGCGAGACGGAUGCAGUCGGCAUGAUCCCCACCAACCUGGAGAACGUCAAAAUUGUCCAGCGGGAGAACACCUGCUAUGACAUUGGCGCCUUUGGCCAGGUCCUGGCCAAGGAUGGCCUGUGGAUGAAGUAUAAGCGCUUCAUCACCCUGAACGCCAGCAUCCGCGGGCCUUUUCUCCCCGUUUGGAGUGAUGAGUGCUGGACCGAUGCCUUCUUGAACAAGCUCUCGGAUACGGUCAAGCUUGUUGGCCUUUCGUACCACUGCGUUCCCAGCCCUCACGUCCAGUCAAUGCUUCUUGCCACAGACAGAGUCGGCAUGAAGAUAUUACUGGAUCCGACAUAUGCAUACUCGGUGCCUCUUGACACCCCUCCAUGGGGUGGUGCAGAGCUACCAGUCGGAUACUCGGUCUGCUACAGCGACUACGCCCAGGCGGUCCACGCCGAGAUAGGCAUGGCACGCCUCAUCCGGUCGCAAGGUUUCGAAGUGGACGUGAUGCUGACCUCGGUCCACGCAUACACGCCCAAGGAGUACUGCGAGGUCCUAGGUCCCCAGUCGGACCAUCUGGGUGCCGGCAACUACUUCGGUUCCAACGUGCACCCAUACGAGCUCAUCUUCGCAAAGGCGAACCGCGGGAUCGAUGACGCCUUGCUGGACCACCUUACCGAGUGGCACUAUACCAUGAACGACACGAGCUGGGACAAGUGCGGGCGAGACAGGCCAUAGUAUGGAAAGAAGUGAAGGGGUGGUAAUAGUUUUGUGAUGGAUACGAUGACAAUAUUGGCUGGUCGAAGAGGAGGGUGAGAGGGGGUUUGUUGCCAUUUUUAUGUGUAAUUAUCUUUAAGGGCCUCCUUCGAUGUUCUAUUAUACAUAUACAUAGCGUGUGGGGAUUUUCAUAAUAGACGAACGACCUCAUUGAU